UCAUGCGGUGUUUGGUGCUUUCAGGUGCCGGCAACUCAAGUGCGUACAUCGUAUAAUAUUUCUGACAAGUUUCUGUUAAAAGGUUCAGCGGGUAAGUAAUGAAGACUAAUUAAGUUUUGGGGGGAAAUUAGUGGCCUUAAUUUCAUUGCAAAAGCCAAACAAAACAAUGCUUUGCUGUGAAAAAUAGAGCGAAACGCAUUGUUUUUGCCAAAUUACCGAUGUUUGUAAACGCAGCAUUCGACAUACGAGCGAUUGCCUAAAAAAACACAACGCCAAUGUAAGCUGGUUGAAAAGGCGUCCAACAUUCACAUCAGUUCAGUAUUCGAACCAGAACAACUAGUUAUAAACAAAAACCCGGAACUUAACACGACAGGAGUCGAGCAUCGUUUAUUUGUAUUUGUUUUGUUGUUGUUUACAUUACGCGCUGUCAGACCACGUCAAGGUAACGCGAAUUAGUAACUUUUAAACUUAGAACAGACACAGCCACUCAAGGUUGGAGCGACCUUUUCUCUCGUUUUCCCCGUCACUGGAAAUCACGAAAUGUCGACGAGGGGAAGCUUCACGGGUCCGACCAUGAGCCCCGGUCUGAACCCGAUGAAUGUUGGACUCUCAGCGGGCUUGAGGAUGCCCGGGAUGCCGCCUACUGCAGCGGCAUACCCCCGCUCCUUAAGCGGCGCAGCGCAGUACACCCAGCGUCCAGGGAUGCCCCUCGGUAGAAUCGGGGGCUCGAUGGGAGUUCAGCUUCCCGGUCCCUCAUAUGGCAGCAGCAGCAGCAUGCCCAUGCGGCCUAACAUGGGGCCUCCAGCAGGCAUGGACGCCACGCGGAAGCGCUUAUUUCAUCACCACCUUCAGCAACAGCAAGAGGCGCUGGGAGGCCACCGGCGAGGGGCAAAAAGACGCAAGAUGGCCGACAAGGUUCUCCCACAGAGAAUCCGCGACUUGGUGCCAGAGUCUCAGGCCUAUAUGGACCUCUUGGCUUUUGAGAGGAAACUGGAUCAGACCAUUGCGCGUAAGCGCAUGGAAAUACAGGAGGCUAUAAAGAAGCCCAUUACGCAAAAACGCAAGCUCAGGAUCUACAUUUCCAACACGUACACCCCGUGCAAGCCCGAGGGCGAGGAGGCAGAGAAGGUGUCCUCCUGGGAACUGCGAGUGGAGGGAAAACUUCUGGAAGAACCUGGCAAGCAGAAGAGGAAGUUCUCAUCUUUCUUCAAGAGCCUGGUGAUCGAGCUCGAUAAGGAGCUCUACGGACCCGACAACCACUUGGUGGAGUGGCACCGAAUGCCUACCACUCAGGAGACGGACGGUUUCCAGGUAAAAAGACCCGGUGACGUCAACGUCAAAUGCACGCUCCUGCUCAUGCUCGACCACCAGCCUCCUCAGUACAAACUGGAUCUGCGGCUGGCUCGGCUGCUGGGCGUGCACACGCAAACGCGGGCCAGCAUCAUGCAGGCACUUUGGCUCUACAUCAAGAACAACAAACUGCAAGACAGUCACGAGAAGGAGUAUAUCAACUGCAACCACUAUUUCAGAAAGAUUUUUGGCUGCACUCGCAUGAGGUUUUCUGAGAUUCCAAUGAAACUGGCCGGGCUACUCCAGCACCCUGACCCCAUUGUGAUCAAUCACAUGAUUAGCGUGGACCCCAACGACCAGAAAAAGACGGCGUGCUACGACAUUGACGUGGAGGUGGACGACCCGCUGAAGAGCCAAAUGAGCAGCUUCCUGUCGUCCACCACCAACCAGCAGGAAAUCGCCGCGCUGGAGACCAAGAUACACGAGACCAUCGAGUACAUCAACCAGCUGAAGACCGAGAGAGAUUUCAUGUUGAGCUUCAGCAAUAAUCCUCAGGACUUCAUCCAGGACUGGCUCAAGUCUCAGUGCAGAGACCUUAAAGUAAUGACAGAAGUGACAGGAAAUCCAGAAGAAGAGAGGAGGACUGAAUUCUACCAGGCGCCAUGGAUGCCCGAAGCAGUUGGCAGAUACGUGUACACCAAAGUGCAGCAGCGAAGACAAGAACUGGAGCAGGUUCUUGGGAUCAGACUCACCUAAAGCGUGAACACGUCUUUUUAUUAAGAAUGAGUCCAAAUUCAAAUGUUUACAAGUUCUUCUGACAUUCCUUCAAUCUUCCAAGUAGAUUGUCAUUUUCAGCCUUGUUGCGUUUAAAAAAAAAAAGUUUAUGGUACAGUGUUUCUUCCCAGCACGCUUCAUUCCAAAGGUGUCUGCUUGUAAGUCAUAUCUUUUUGAUAAUACUAAAACAUUUGAAGCCAUUCUAAAAUAUACAUAUACACAAAGGUAUAUUUUUAUUUAGAGAAUUGUGAACCAAUACUCUGAAAGAGCAAAGUAAAAAUUGUCUUUGCAGAAUGAUUGCUGUUUUUAUUCUAAACUUUGUGAAUGUUUACAUGUUAUUUUUCUAUGGUAUUACAUUGUUUGAGUUACACAAAUAGGUUCGAAAUGUCUGUAAAUCAAUGUGUGUUGUUUAUAAUACUUUGUAAUUGCAUUAAUCAGCUCAUCAUUGGAAUGCUUUUGUUGCACCGGGAUUGCUUUUAUUUCCUUGAACAUUCCAUGUUUACAGAUAUGCCAAACUGUUAAGAAUAUCAUGUUGCUUCUUCCUUUUCCCCCCAAGGUGGUUAGAUAUUUGCAUGUUAUUUUAACUUCAAGCUCUUGAUCUUUUAUACAUUUGUAGUAUGUACAACGUGACCCGACUCCGGAUAAGCGGUAGAAAAUUGAUGGAUGGAGUAUUUUUUAAUAAACAUGCAGACAAUUUUCA